UUUUGAGUCCUUAAACAUAGAAAAAUACUUAGUAUGGUGCCUAGAAUUCAUCCCCAGGUUAAUCUUUAUUACCCAAAGGUUACUAAUUUAUACCUGAGGGUUUCUAAAUCAGCUGAUUCCACGUAUCUGCCAAAGAAUUCAAAAGUACCGUUAUCGAAUUCUUUGCCAGUUGGUUUCUUGAUAUGAAACAAUUAUUCGUGUCAAGUGUAUUUUUAAAAGAUUGAUACCAUGGAAAAACGGAAUUGGUGGUAUUUGUUUUCAGUGAUUCUCUUUUUAACCAUUUUAACUCGAUUUUAUAAAGUCACUGAACCUGACCAUGUGUGUUGGGAUGAAACUCACUUUGGUAAAAUGGGUAGUUGGUACAUAAAUAGAACAUUCUUCUUUGAUGUGCACCCUCCUUUAGGAAAGAUGUUGAUAGGACUUUCUGGCUACCUCACAGGCUAUGAUGGCAAAUUUGCAUUUGAUAAACCUGGUGACAAGUAUGAAAACACAAGUUAUAUAGGAAUGAGAUUAUUCUGUACAACUUUGGGAGCCACAUUGGUGCCUAUGACAUUUUUAACAGUCGAUGAACUAACACAAUCUUCCAUAUCAGCUGUUUUUGCCUCUUUAUUAAUAUUAUUUGAUGUGGGACUCAUAACUUUGACACAAUAUAUCCUGCUUGAUCCUAUCCUUUUGUGCUUCAUGAUGGCAUCAGUUCUGGGUGGUGUGAAAGUGUCUUCACCUAGAAUUAAAGAGUUUUCACUGUUAUGGUGGAGUUGGUUGAUAUUUACUGGCACAAUGUUGGCCUGUUGCAUUUCUGUCAAGUUUGUUGGAUUGUUUGUUGUUUUGUUUGUUGGAUUUAUGACCAUUUCUGAUUUAUGGAUAAUAUUGGGUGACAUGACAAGACCUGUAAUGGAUACAGUAAAACAUUUGUUUGCUAGAGGCAUUUGUUUGAUUAUCUGGCCCAUAAUUCUGUAUUGUGUGUUCUUUUAUAUUCACUUGAAAGUUCUCAACAGGAGUGGAAAUGGGGAUGGUUUCUAUAGUUCUGCCUUUCAAUCACAGUUGAUUGGGAACAGUUUGCAUAAUGCCAGUAUGCCUAGGCAGGUGGCUUAUGGAGCAGUAGUGACCAUUAAAAAUCACAGAACUGGUGGAGGCUAUUUGCACUCCCACUACCAUCUUUAUCCAGAGGGAAUUGGAGCCAGACAACAACAGAUUACCACAUAUACUCAUAAGGAUGACAACAACAAAUGGCUAAUUAAGAGGUACAACACAGACGAUAAUAGUGGUGUGCACAUUGUGAAAAGUGGUGAUCUGGUUAGAUUGGAACAUGUAGCCACAAAGAGGAAUUUACAUUCUCAUAAGGAACAUGCUCCUAUUACUAAGAAACAUUAUCAAGUUACAGGGUAUGGUGAAAAUGGAACUGGCGAUGCAAACGAUGUGUGGAGAGUUACUAUAUUAGGUGCAAAAGAUGGCACAGAGCUUACAGCAGUAACUAGCAAAUUAAAAUUCGUCCACUACCUACAAUCUUGCAUUUUGACAACAAGUGGCAAGCAACUACCUAAAUGGGCUUAUGAACAGCAAGAAGUCUCUUGUAAUCCCAAUCUGCGCGACACCAAUGGUUUGUGGAACGUUGAGGAAAAUAUUUUUGAGAAACUUGCGAAUGUAAGUUUUGAGGUGUAUGCUCCAAGUUUCUUAGAAAGAUUUAUCGAGUCUCACGCCGUUAUGUUGCAAGGAAACUCAGGUUUAAAACCAAAGGAAGGUGAAAUUACAUCUAGACCAUGGCAAUGGCCAAUUAACUACAGGGGGCAAUUUUUCUCGGGAUCCAGUUACAGAAUAUACCUUCUGGGUAAUCCUAUAAUUUGGUGGGGCAAUUUAAUUUUUAUUGUCGUGUUUUUGGCUAUUUUCACAAAUAAUGCUGUGAAACAGCAAAGGGGAUACAUUGAAUCUUUUGCGGUAUGUAAUUUACAGAAUAAAAAACGAUCUUAUUUAACCCUAUUUGUUUCAGAUUCGCACAAGAAUAAACUGGUGGCUUGUGCGUGGCUAUUUCUGGGAUGGAUGUUGCAUUAUGUACCAUUCUGGGCGAUGGGGCGUGUUUUAUAUUUUCAUCAUUAUUUUCCUGCUCUGCUCUUUAGCUCAAUGAUCACCGGUAUAAUCAUUGAUUAUCUUCUCGAAGAAAUUCCCAAGUUGUUUCCAGAUCAUCUUGCCCACACUGUAUAUCAAUUUACAUUAGGUUUAAUUUUGUCGACAAUUCUUUAUAGUUUUUAUCUAUUUGCGCCUUUGACUUACGGAAUGAACGGCCCGACUGCAAAUGAAGUUAACUCGACGAUGCACGGUCUCAAGUGGAUGGAAUCGUGGGAAUUCUAAAAAUAUUUUAACAUUGUAAAUAAUGUGAUCUUAUUAAAGUAUUAUAUAUUUUUGUAACUGAAUAUUUUUUAUAAAUAUAUAUUUUUUAUUUA